UCCCAUAAUUCGUACCUAAUGGAUGUACUUUGUUGGUCCUUCCUUAAGACAAUGGCUCUUAAGUGUUGGCAUCGGUUAACCCAAGCAGAUAAUAUUUAUCAGUCCAUAAGACCCUUGGUUUACAUAUCGUUAAUCGGUUUAGCACCAUUUCGAAUGCAUUCGUCGCGAGAAGUGCAAACUUCAGCACCGGGUUUAUUCGUGAGUUUUGGACAUUUUCUAUUCUAUGCUCUGUGUUUGGGAUUAUCAUUGAACGAAGGUGACACUAUUAUUGGAUAUUUUUUCAAGACUACAAUAACCGAAUUGAGUGAUAUCACCCUCAUGAUGGCUGGAGUUAUUGCUAUGUUAAGUAUUUUCGGGUUUGCUAUAUUCAAACGACAUCGCUUAAUUCAAAUCAUUCAGAAAAACAUUAUCGUGGAUGAGAUCUUUGUGGGAUUGGGAUUGAAAUUAGAUUAUCGGAAAAUAUUGUGUUUUUCAUUUGUCAUUUCGGUUGUCAUGAUGACAUUUAAUUUGGGAUAUUUAAUAAUCAGUUAUUUUUUGUUGAAAUCUGCGUGCAUUAAGCCAUCGUUUGUGGUGUUUACAACAUUUGCUUUGCCACAUAUAAAUACUACGAUCAUGGUGUUCAAAUUUAUGUGCACCACGUAUUUGGUGAAGAGUCGUUUUUCGAUGUUGAAUAACAUACUUAAAGAUAUGCUGAAAAAUGAAACCGAACAGAAUAAUAGAACCGAAUUGUUACCCAUUCAUUCGGUGCACAGUGACAACGGUGCUGAUAGAAGAAGAAAAACACCUUCAAAACGUUACACCAUGGAUUCCUUAAUACUACGAAAUCCCUGUCAAUCUCUUAAGGAAGUCACCAAUAUUCACAAUCUUUUAUGUGACAUUUGCAUUAUAAUUGAAGAAUACUUUACAUAUCCUUUGGUAGCCAUUGUUGGCAUAUCCUUUAUGUUUAUACUAUUUGAUGAUUAUUAUAUUUUGGAAGUUAUGUUGAAUCCAAAUCGCUUGGAAUAUUUUGAAGCUCAUGAAUUUUUUGCAUUCUUUCUAAUUCAAAUGUUAUGGUAUGUUAUAAUUAUUUUGGCAAUAGUUGAAGGAAGUAGUAGUACAAUAAAGGAGAGUCGUAAAAGUGCAGCAUUGGUUUCGAAACUAUUAAACGCGACAGAAAAUUUAGAAUUGCGUGAGAGACUUGUAAGACUAUCAAUGCAAUUGGCUCAUAGGAAAGUUUGCUUUACAGGAGCGGGCCUAUUUAAUUUGGAUCGAACUUUGAUAUUUACUAUUUCUGGAACUGCAACUUGUUACCUUAUUAUUCUCAUACAAUUUCGUUCGACGACAGUUUUUCACGAGGACUCCAAAAAAGGUGGUAAUUGCAGUGCAAAUUACAUCUGAAACAAAUUAAAUGCCUAAACUUUCAUCGAUUACACAUCUGUCAUAAAAGCACAUCAUUAAAGUUUAACAUCAAACUAAGAAACAAAGUAAACAAAUAAAUAAACAUGCCUGCUGUAUCAUGGAAGUUGUAAUUUCAUAUUAGUUUAACAAAGGAAUGUAUGGUGUAUUACAUCUUAUAAAAUUAUUGUAUAU